AUGGAGUUUUGUAUUGAAGUAUCAAAAGAAGGUGUCUCGGAACUUGGAGAAUUGGGAGUGGAGUUUGUCACGAAGCAAUUUAAAUACCUAAUCCAACACAAAAAAAUUAUAUCCAAAUUGAAGGAAGAAUUCGAGGAGUUGAAGGCUUGGAAACAAUGGUUGCAAGGGUGGGUGAAUGCAGAAAGCAUAAAAGGAAACGAAAUUCCACCUAAGUGUCCAAAUUUGAUGUUGAAUUACUCAUUGGGUAAGAAAGGCAGUGAAAAAUCAGAAGCUAUUACAAGAUUUAAGGUGGAAAGAGACAAACUUCAACUUAUUGCUUACCCUAAAGCUCGACCAUCGCUUGAUUUGAUCUUUACAGAUGAUAUCAAAAGUCUUGAGUCUAGAAACAAAAUGAUAAUGUCUGUCAUAGAUAAACUGAAGGAUGAUGAGUUUAAAAGGAUUAGCAUUUGGGAUAAAGUGGUGAUGGUUGUGGUUUCCCAAAAUCCCGAUUACGAAAAAAUCCAAAGACAAAUUGCUGUUGGUUUAGAAUUGGAAUUGAAAACGCAGGAAGUAGAAGAAAGAGGUUCUCUCAAUCAUCAUCCUUCUCAGACAUGCAGGAAUGUGUAUAUUCACGUAUUCAACUUAGCUUUCAUUGGUUGGAUAGUGAGCACAAAUCUUUUCUUUUUCUUUGUGCUUUAUUUCCAGAGGACUCUGACAUUCCUGUUGAAACUUGAACUUUUACAAGUGCAAUCACAUAGUGAAGAAAAAGGUAGGAUUUCGUGGCCAGAGAAUUUCAUCCAUGGUUUGAGUAAACUCAAAGUUUUAAAUUUUCAAGGAUUGUACAUUCCAAAAAUCUCAUCUCAUUUUCACACCUCUGUCAACCUUCACACAUUACAACUAGAAGGGUGUGAUGUUGGUGAUAUAUCUAUAAUUGGUAGGGAGGUUAAGAAACUACAAAUUCUAAGCUUUGCCAACUCAAAUAUUGAAGAACUUCCACUUCAAAUUGGUAACUUAGGAUUACUCAAAUUAUUGGAUUUGACAGGAUGUGAUUGUCUUAAUUUUAUUUCACCUAAUCUCUUAGCAAGGUUGACCCAAUUGGAAGAACUUUAUUUUAGGAUAAAAAACUUUCCUUGGUUGAUAAACAAAGAAGUUAUCAAAGAGUUAAUGAAUCUUUUUUCUCGGUUGAAGGUUCUUGAAAUCAAAUGGAAGGUAAAUAUUUCAUCUCAUGAUGUAAUAUUCAAAAACCUAGAAAAUUUUUGGGUUUAUGUAGUUCCUUAUACUUCUCAUAAAGUGCGUCGUGGAUAUUUAGAGUCAAAUAUAGUACAUUUAAAAGCUUUAAAUUACAAAUCUAUUAAGAAGAGCAUGGUGACCAUGCAAUUGGUCAAGAAAUGUGAAAUUCUCAUAUUAGAGAAAGUGAAGGACUUGAAAAGCGUCAUACUUGAAUUAGAUGAAAUUGGACUCCAUUGCAUCAAAAAUUUAAGGGUUGAUUCUUGCCCCAAUUUUGAGUGUGUUAUAGAUUGCAAUUCUCCUCAGUGUGUCUUACCACUAAUCAAAUCAUUGUCUCUAGAGAAUCUUUUUGAGUUGAAGGAAAUAAUUCGUGCACCAAUUCAUUCUGAAACCAACAAAUCAAUGAUCAAGUUCUCAAAUUUAGAGAUAUUGGAGUUGAAAUUCCUUAAAAAUCUAAUUGGUUUCAGUAACAACGUUUAUUUGAAUCCGUCAAUUCAAAUUCAUCGUGGAUUGAGUUUGACCACUAAAUUAACUGAUUCAACAAACAUUGAGGAUGACUCAUCAAUUAGUGCCAAAUUAUUUUCAUCUAAUUGGAUGAAACAAUUCCCAAAAUUGGAAACAGUGUUAUUACAAGAUUGUUAUUCCAUAAAGAUUAUAUUUGACUUGGAAGGACAUUUGGAUUUUAGCAGUGAUAUACAAGAUUUUUUGUUUCCUCAGCUACAAAAAUUGGAGAUAUUAGCCCUGCAUAACUUGUUAUAUGUGUGGGGUAAUGUUUCAAGUUGUGUUCAAGGCUUUCAGAAUUUGAGAUUUCUAAUAAUCUCAAAUUGUAACUCUUUAAAACAUGUAUUUCCUUCCAACAUUGUUGAAGCAAUUAUAAAUCUUGAGGUAUUGAAAAUAAGCUCUUGCACAAAGAUUGAAAAUAUAGUGAUUUGUAGCAGAGAUGCUAAAGAGGGUGAUAAUAAAGGACAUGUUACAACUAUUAGGUUCAAUAAACUAUGCAAUUUAUCACUUUCAGAUCUUCCAAAUCUUGUGAGUAUUUGUUCGGAUUCUCUUGAUUCAGAAUAUCCAUCUUUAAGAGAAUUUGAAAUUUAUGAGUGUCCUUUGUUGGAAAUAUCUUUACUACCAACUCAUAUCCAUGCAAAUCAAGAAAAUGACCUCAACAAUGUCACCUAUUCAGCAAUUACAAAAGAUGACAAAUCAAGCUCUUCUAUUUCCCCCCCUACAAGAUGCAUGUCAUUUCUUCCCAAAUAUAUUCGUGAAAGAACCACAAGUAAGAGAAUUAAUAAGGAAAUAUUAGUAACACGAGCAUUGGAGGAUCAUAUACCAUCCAUAAUUGAAAAGAAGACCGAGAAAGGAAAAAGUCAUAUGCCUAUUCUAGAAGAGCUUAGCAUAGUAAAAUGUGAUUUGUUGGAUAGAGUAUUUUAUUUUGAAGAAAAGUUCAAUUUGGUUGUUCCAGCACAUAUGAAAACAAUCAAAAUUGAAUAUUGUGACAACUUAAAGAUCAUUGUGGCUAGAAGAGAAGAGAGAGAAGAUACGAUAAACUAUUUUACUCAAUUAAAGUCUCUUUACCUUAUAGAACUUCCAAAUCUUGUGAGAUUUUGCUCUUCUGAAAUGUAUGAGUCUUGGAACAAACAGCAAGACAUGGGUGAAAGUGAGGGAGAUCAUAGAAGAAUAAUAUGUCGUCCACUCAUAGAUGAAUCUUUGUUUCCAAACCUGACUAAUUUGUGCCUAGAAGCUUGUGACAAAAUCAACAUUCUAUUCUCUCAUUUAUCACUAAGUACUUUUGAGCAUCUUGAAAAGCUGGAAAUAUAUAAUUGCAAAAACAUGCAAGAAAUAAUAUCUCAUGAAGAAGAGAUAGAAGAAAGUUCAAGUAAUAAGAUUACAUUCCCAAAUUUGAAAAAUCUACUUCUUGACGAGCUACCCCAACUUAAGGCCUUUUGCCUAGGUUCCUAUAAAUUCUAUUUUCCAUCGUUGCAAAUAGUGAUAAUUACAAAUUGUCCUAAUAUGGAAGUUUUUUCAAGAGGGUUUUUGAACACACCUAAACUUGAGACUGUCACUUUGGUAAUUGAAUCAUUUCACAGAGACUAUAUACAUAUGAGCAACAGCAACAUCAAUGCCACUAUACAAGGAUUUAAAGAAUUUGUGGCAUCACGAGGAUCCAAGAUGUUGAGAUGGAGCAUGUAUCAUAAUGAAGAAUACUUGAUCCAAAACUCAAAAAUAAAUAUUGAAGCGUUUCAUGAACUUUUGUUUCUUGUUCCGUUCAAUGAGUUACAAAAGCUUCAACAUGUGAAAGAACUUAGUGUAAGAAACUGUAAUUCACUAGUUGAGGUGUUUGAAUCAGGAAGAGAAUGUACAAGAGAAAGGAAUGACAUCACACAUUAUCAACUAAUAAACAUGACAUUGGAUUUUUUGCCAGUUUUGAGUCACAUAUGGAAAGACAAUAUUACAGAGGUUGUAAGCUUUCAGAACCUAACAAAUAUUUGUGUUUCAACUUGUCACAAUUUGAAGAGUUUGCUAUCUCAUUCCAUGUCCAAAAGCCUGGUGCAACUUCAAAAACUAGAAGUUAUCGAUUGUAAAAUGAUGGAGGAGAUAGUUACAAAGGAAAACAAGAAUACUAAAGGAGGCAACAUAGUCAAUACUUUAUUUCCUAAGUUGGAGGAAUUGACACUUAUGAGUCUUCCUAACUUGGAAUGUGUUUGUUCUGGAGUUUAUGACUAUGAUAUUCCAUUGUACACUAUUGAAGAGGACGAAGACAUGAAUUGCAAUAAUAAUAAGAUUGAAGUUUCAUUUGUAGAAUUAAAGGCGUUAGAAUUUAGACAAGUGCCAAAGCUGAAGUGUUUUUGUUCGGGAGUAUACGACUAUGAUAUCAUGAUGUCAUCAAUUGAAGAGUGUCAAAUUAUGAAAACAUUUCCCCAAACAAAUGUUAUUGUAAAAACACCCAACCUUCAUACACUAACGUGGGAGUUUCAAGAUGUGCCCACACAUGGAGAUCUUAAUUUAACAAUACAUUAUCUUCAAAAUUCGAAGAAAUACAAGGUGGAGUUGCAAAAAUUAGAGACAUUUAAAGAUAUCAAUGAAGAGCUGGUUGGCUACAUCAAAAGAGUAGCAAAACUUGAAAUUGUAAAUUGUCACAAGCUAUUGAAUUGCGUACAAUCCAACACGAUGCACUUAUUCUCACAUCCGAAGACUCUCAGUGUGCGAGAAUGUGAGUACUUAGAAGAGAUAUUUGAAGGAUCAAAUGAUAGUAUGCUGCAUUAUCAAUUACAUGAGAUAUGGUUGUCUUUGCUGCCAAAACUGAAGCACAUUUGGAAAAAUCAUGAUCACAUAUUAGGCUUUAAGGAUUUGACAGCCAUACACAUAGAAAAAUGUGAUGAUUUGAGAUGUGUGUUUCUGGAUGUUUCCAUGGCCACAAGCCUUCCAAAUUUGAAACGUCUUAAGGUUUGUGAAUGCGAGAAGAUGGAAGAGAUAAUAAGGAAUAAUAAUAAUUGUAAUCCUAUUACUCAGAAGAUCAUAUUCCCAUCUUUGUGGAGAAUUGAUCUAGAGAAGCUUCCAAGACUCAAAUGCUUCUAUGUUGAGCUGCCAAAUGUUCAAUGGAUAGUGUUUAAAGACUGUCCAGAGAUGAAGACAUUUUGGUACGAUGGAAUCUUAUACGCACCAUAUCUUACUGUUAUUUAUAAGGACAAUGCUCAAUUUGAUCGUGAUGAAGAUUUGAAUGAUGUGAUACAAGGAUCCAGUAAAAUGCCUCGUAAGAAACUACAAAGAUGACUGAAAACAUUCCAGGGGUCGCCGCAUUCGUGGUUGACUGCUGAAUUAAGGAGGUUAGGCCGCCGCCGCCGCCGCCACGGCUACUGAAGGUUGAUAGUUCAAAUCCAAAUUCAAUGUUGGUUACAUUCUUAAGGACUUUAGUUGUGAUAACAUAAUUAAGGAACUUGGAUUAGUUGUGCUUGUAAUCCUAACCAGGGUAUAAAGUUGAGAUUGAUGAUGUUAGAUCCCAAUAAAUAAUGCUUAGAAGUCUAUAUAAUUUUUAGUUUUGUGUCUUAUUGUUGUGCCCAAUUUAGUUGCACUAGCAUCUAUUUAACUUAAUCUUCUCUUGGGUUAAAUUGAGCAUUUGAGAUGUGUGUAAAAGAUAUUU